AUGACAUCUCUAAAGCAGUUUAUCCGUAAUGUGCGAGCCUCCAAGACAAUCGCCGACGAGCGGGCCGUGGUCCAGAAAGAAAGUGCGGCGAUUCGGGCCAGCUUUCGGGAAGAGAGCGGAGACUCCAACAUCAGUAGGAGGAACAAUGUUGCGAAGCUCCUAUACCUCUUUACCCUCGGCGAACGGACGCACUUCGGCCAGAUAGAAUGCCUCAAACUGCUGGCUUCUCCUCGGUUUGCGGACAAGCGACUGGGCUACCUGGGUACUAUGCUCUUGCUGGACGAGAAUCAGGAAGUCCUCACGCUGGUCACGAACUCCUUGAAGAACGAUCUCAACCACUCAAAUCAAUAUGUGGUCGGCCUCGCACUCUGCACGCUGGGCAACAUUGCCUCUAUCGAAAUGUCAAGAGAUCUUUUCCCCGAAGUCGAAUCCCUCAUAUCUACCGCCAACCCUUACAUCCGUCGGAAAGCCGCUCUAUGUGCCAUGCGAAUAUGCCGGAAAGUCCCCGAUCUGCAGGAACAUUUCUUUGAGAAGGCCAAAGCCCUGCUCCAGGACAGGAAUCACGGAGUUCUGUUGUGUGGCUUGACCUUGAUCACUAGUAUGUGCGAGGCCGACGAGGCAGAAGGCGGCGAAGAAGGAGUCGUGGACAUGUUCCGGCCAGUCGUCCCGCAUCUGGUACGGACGUUGAAGAGCCUGACAAGCUCUGGUUAUACACCAGAGCACGAUGUCUCGGGCAUCACAGACCCUUUCCUGCAAGUCAAGAUUCUGCGGCUAUUCCGAGUGCUUGGGCGAGGAGACACGGGUAUCAGCGAACAAAUCAACGACAUCCUUGCACAAGUUGCUACCAACACCGAAUCUACGAAGAAUGUCGGGAAUGCUAUCUUGUAUGAAGCAGUCCUUACCAUCCUCGACAUCGAGGCCGACUCCGGUCUGCGCGUACUGGGCGUAAACAUCCUGGGAAAAUUCUUGGCCAACAAAGACAACAACAUCCGAUACGUUGCGCUCAACACAUUGAUCAAGGUAGUGGCCAUCGAGCCGAACGCAGUACAAAGGCACCGAAACACCAUCCUUGAAUGUUUGCGAGACCCUGACAUCUCGAUUCGUCGGCGAGCACUCGAUCUCAGCUUUACCUUGAUCCGCGAAGACAACGUGCGGGUGUUGAUAAGAGAGCUGCUGGCGUUCUUGGAGGUUGCAGACACCGAGUUUAAGCCCAUCAUGACGACGCAGAUCGGAAUUGCGGCCGAUCGCCACGCUCCUAACAAGCGCUGGCACAUUGACACUCUACUGAGGGUUGUCAAGCUAGCUGGGAACCACGUCAAGGAACAAAUUCUAUCAUCGUUCAUUCGGCUUAUCGCCACUUCGCCGGACCAGCAAACCUAUGCGGUUCAAAAGCUAUAUGCCGCCUUGAAAGCUGAUAUCACACAGGAGGCACUGACUUUGGCCGCUGUGUGGGUUAUUGGUGAGUAUGGUGAUGCUCUGCUCCGUGGCGGAACUUACGAAGAGGAAGAGUUGGUGAAGGAAGUUAAGGAGAGCGAUAUUGUUGAUUUAUACACGACCAUCCUGAACUCGACAUACGCAAAUCAGAUCACCACCGAAUUCAUCAUCACUUCAGCAAUGAAGUUGACGACCAGAAUGUCAGACCAGUCACAAGUCGAGCGAAUACGGCGGCUGAUGCAAUCGCGGACGGCAGAUCUAAGUGUCGAAAUCCAACAGAGGGCGGUCGAGUAUGGCAACAUGUUCGGGUACGACUCUAUCCGAAGAGGAGUUUUGGAGAAGAUGCCACCGCCAGAAAUUAAAGAAGAACAAAGAGUUCUCGGCCAGGCCGCGGUGCCGGCGAAGGACAAGCGGAAGUCGUUGAAAGCCAAGACCAACACCAAAGUCGCAAAGACAACAGAGUCUGAUAUGCUUCUCGAUCUCAUGGGUAGCUCCGAUGUUCCUGCUGUAAAUGCCAGCGCUACUUUGAAUGGCAAUCAACAGCAGACAGCGGAUUUGCUUGCCGACAUCCUCGGUGGAACUUCCGUCUCGAGUCCGCCGACGCAGGCGAAAAGCCCGCCGCCAGCAUCCAAUACUGACUCGAUCAUGGAUCUGUUCGGGAACGGGACGCCGAAACCCGCAAGUCCUGCCCCAAGCGGACAUGUGGCACACCCAGUUUACAAUAAGAAUGGCCUGUCGGUCGCGCUUCAGGUUUCCAGGACUGGAGCUGGCAUUCAAGCCAUGGCGAAAUUCAAGAACACUUCGACUUUCGUGCGAAUGACAGACGUAGGCCUGCAAGCGGCUGUGCCGAAGAGUCAGAAGUUGACGCUGCAGGCCAUCAACAAGAGCACGCUGGACGGCGGCGAUGAGGCUACCCAGGGCAUGAGGAUUGUGGCAGCUACCGGGUCUCUACCGCCAAAGCUUCGCCUUCGUCUUAAAAUAUCAUACACCAAAGAUGAUGGUGGACCCGUCACAGAGCAGGUCGACUGGACCGAACCAUGA